GCGGUCGUGAACGCGCACCGCCAGACCUCCGCUGCCGCUGCGUGCGCGCCCCCGCGCUCCCUCAGGUGAAUGGAGAGAGGGAGAGGAGUCCUGCGCGCGUCUGCAGCCGAGCUCAAGUCACUAAAAUGGGGCUUCGCGGACCGAGCAGCACGGGGGUGUUUCUGACAGUCUGCCUUCUCUGGGUGACUGGAUGCUGCACCCAAAAAGUUUACUUUGAUUGUGGAGCCAAGGUGGAUGUUGUGGACGUGCAGGGCCUCAUUCUGUCCCCUGGCUUCCCAUAUAACUACUCAUCCGGAACUCACUGCGUGUGGCAGUUCUUUGUACCUGUUGGUCACCAGCUAAUCAUGGAGAUGUUUGACUUCGAUGUCUUUGAGAGUCACGACAGUCCCACCACAUCUGCUGCCGUCGUGGACGAGCUAUCCAACGACGGUGGAGCUCUGGUAUCCAAAAGCCUCGGAAGUCCAAAAGAACCCCAGUCCACGCACCGAGAGGACGUCAAGCAAGUGGUGAUCCAAGAACAGUCCACCAAAAUGGAGAUGACCAAAGUUUCCAAUUCCGCCAAAAUGCUUUCCGAUUCCCCCUUGGCUCCGCAAGCGUCUCUUCCAGUUGAGAACCGAAAUUCAGUUUCCUCUCAGGCAUCAAGAGCCGCCGUUGACUUUGUCUCCUCAAGCCCACGUACGGCCACAGACACCGUGAGCCCUGAGACCCAGCCACCUUUAAUCGAUGCCUGUCCCCACGAUGUUCUCUACAUAUCAGAUCUCAUCACCUUCUCCUCCCGAUUCUGCGGCUCUAGACGGCCUUCUAGCAGCCAGUUAGUGUUUGGAUCUGAUGACGACAUGGUGGAGGUCAUUAUGGAGUUGAUUACCACUACCCACUGGGGCCGUGGUUUCGCUCUUCUUUUCCAUUAUCAGAAUCAAAGUAAGGCAGCCACAAGCGAACAUCAGAGGUCACUUUUGACCUCGGACAGCAGAACUGGUGCACUGCUCGGUGCUGUAAGUGGAACAGUUGUUUUUGCUGUGGCCCUUGCUGGCACCCUUUGUGCGAUUUUCAGGCCGAAACUAUGUGCAAAAGGAGCCAACGCUUCCUCUUCCAUCAGCUCAGAGGUUCCAGAAGGAGUGCUAAAUUCAGCAGCAGAUGUGAGUGAACUGCAGAUGGUUUCUCCCAAUCACUCGGAGCAGCGGCCGCUUUCAGCGAACGACAACAACAACCGUUCCUUCAACCGCAGUCUGUCCCAUACAGGGUCUUCGGUGAACGGGGCGUGCGACGUGUCGGAGAAGGCCGCUCUGGAGCAGUUCUCCGGCGGUCUGGCCGAGUUGGAGCUGGGCACAGAUGAGGUUUUUGUCAUCGCCUCAGCGCCCGACUCAGCCCAGCUGCCCUUCUCUCCACACACCCAGCGAGAGCGCUUCCUGAGACACAGCGACACGGGCCCCAGCCGUCCCUUCGACUGGUCCACUCCAGUGCAAGCGCAGAGCGGUCAGGCCGGAUCCACGAGCAGCACACGGCCGCGAGCUUGGAGCGUCCGAACCUUCCAGGAUCUCCUCCCUCCUCUUCCUCAGCUCCAUAAGAAAUGGUGCAGCUGGAACUCUACCAGCCCUUUCACCAAGCUGGUGGACAGCGGACUCCCGAGCACCGCUCCAGACUCCGGAAGGGGAAAGGUCCUGUCCGCCGGUGCCACCGGCUGUCAGUCGGACUCGUUCACGAGUAACGCCUCUUACCCCUUGACUCAGCCCGGUCAGCGCCAGCGCCGCCUCAACUCCACCAGCAACCUCAGACGCUCCCGCUUCACCGCUCCCUGCUUCGGCCUGCUCUCCGGCGCAUCCGAGUCCUCCAAAGCACACGCCAACGGAACCACGGCUCCAAACGCGCUCUCGGACGCCGGCAGCGGCGCCCCGGCCGGCCAGCUGCAGGUCAAAGGUCAAAUAUCAAGCGUUGAGGACGACCACGUCACCGUGCCGGUGUUCGCCAUCUCAGAAGAGGAAGACCGACAGCCUCUAGUCUCCGCGGAGAAGCCUCUGCGGAUGAACGGACAGAUGUUUGAAGGCACAAAGAUGCCUCUGCUAUCCCAAGCUCCCGGCGUCCAGCCGAGCUCCUCAGCGAGGGCCGCGCGGCGGCGGCGGCGCCAUGGAAACGCAGAAUCCUUCGACCUUUUCGUGUUAACAGUGACUCAGAAACGAAGUCCGCCGGUGAUGGUCACGUGACCAAACCAGCCAAUAAAUGAUCUCAACAGGACUGAAUAUCAAAUGGGUUUAUGAAUAUUGGCGUGAACGAAAAAUGAAAGCACUUAUUGUUCUUUGCGUUCUUGUAUCUGCACGUUUAAUUCGCUAAGUAUAAAAGCACCGUCUAACAGUGCGUUACCUGCAAAUGCAUGUAAAUGAGAAACGUUUAACCAAGAUCACUUAAUUUUUCUACUCACUACUGAGAGUUUCGAGCUGUAGAUUGUUACUUUCAUUAUGAAAUUCCAUGUAUCUGCUCUACGAAUAAUACAGCUUGUUCUAAUCCCUUUGCAAGCUGUAGACGACCAAUUAGCUGGUCUGCUAGAAAGCUGCUUGGCAUCUCGCUUGACUUCCACAUGUUUUGUAAUUCACUAUGGGUCCAAUACACAUUUUGUACUGUUAAAAAGUAGUUAGCAAAUCAUAUAUGAAUGGAAAUUACAUAUAUUGUUAUUUCUCAAGGGACAUAACCACUGAAAAUUUCAUUUGGACUCGUCUGAACUCUGUUCAACGAGUCCUUUUUAAUCAAGUUACUGUUUUUCAUCUAUCACUUACUAUGUGCCUUGUGGCCAUCAUCUAUGCUGCUAAAUAUGCACUGACGCGAUACCUGAAAUUGUGUAUGCAAUCAUAUUUUUAUAACGUUUCAUACCUGUUUUCUUUAUGGUGUGUUUUCCUGAAUGCAGUAAUAUUUUCAACUGUACUGAUUUUGAUGGAUUAUAAAGGGAACCAAUCACCGUACAGACAUUUAAAAUGCAGUAACUAACAUUUAAUGCAAAUAAAACAUUGUAUAGAUGUUGUGUGGCGCUGUUUCAUUUCAACCAUUGCAGAAUAUGCAUAGAAGGAACGGAGUCGAAUAUAUACGAAUGUAGUUUUUUAUUAUUAGUGCAGUACAUGAAACAGGGUUUUAGUCUCAGGUUUAUUUCUAGGCAUUCAAAACAUGAGGCACAGCAAGCGCUAAUGCGACUAUAAAAUGUUAACAGUGCUUUCCAACAGUUACUCAAAAACCCGAACACAUUUCUUCUCCAUCUGAAGCCCCAGCUUAAACUUUGAGGUAGAAUUAAACACCCCCUUUUCUGAAAGUAAGUAAAUAUUUGCAGAGUAUAUCUCCCUUUCAAUAAAUGCAAAGCAGCCUCCAAAGCGUCUCUAAGAUUCAGGACCACUCCUGAUUAAAUCCCACAACCCUUCCUGCUUAUAGACCCGAUUCAACGAAGCUAAAAUCAUCUUUAAGGUUUAUACAAGAGCCCGUACGUGGUUUCAACAGAAGGUUCGUCGGUCUAUUGGACAUAAAAACGUUUAGGGAGAUGCUAGAAAGCCACAAAUCUUUUGCAUACCAGUUAAAUUACAAUUUGGGGAAAGCUGCAUCUAACAAAUGCAACGCAAUGGAGCUAAAUAAAGGUGAAAAAAGCAUUCGUUUCCAAUACAAACUUUUAAAUGAACGGCAGGGUCUGUUAUCCUGUAAAAACGCAACAUUCACUAAGGAAGAAGUGUUUGUCAGCUGCCAUUAGGUCAAUGUGUGAAGUUUUAGUGUGCCGAACUCCUCCGUUAAAGCGCAGUAGAGGCUGGCGAGGGAUGUAGAGGAUUGACCUCUAUAGUUGGAGGAAGUCUAAUCUGAGCCUCUGAAGAAUGCUGUGGCGCGAGGAACAACAGACCCCAAAAACAAGGCCGAAAAGCAAACAUUUUCAACAAUACUUCACGUUCGAUCUAACAGUGACGCAACAUGUUCCCUGCAGGACUUUUGGACAUACUUAUCACAGCGUGCACCUACUUUCAGGAGCUAUUUAUGCUUUCGAUUUUUUUUUUUUAAAUGACGCAAAUUAAGGUUGAAGUGUAAAAUGUUAACUUUAAGAUUUUUCACGUGGCUUUGAUGCUUAACGGCACAUUUUAAACACUGCCUGUGGUAACCGCUUCGUGGAUCGCAUUGGCUUCGUUAAACUUUUAAAAAAAAAAAAAAAAACUAUGGCUAAAACCAAUGUGGUUUACAGAGUUGAACAAGAAUCAGCUGAGUGUUACAAAUAUACACCAACUGAAAUAAAACUUCUCGGGGAAGACGGGAAUAAGAAAAA